GAAAAAACAAUACAAAUAAAACAGAAAGAAGCAUUCCAAAUACCGUUUUUGCCUCUACAGUUCUUCUUCUUACAGCUCUCAGAUCUCACUUCCCUUUCGCCGGUAACAACCCUUCUUGUUUCGACCGCCACCAAUCUCAUCAUCUUCUCUUCAGUGUAAGAAUGUAUAAUAAUGUUGGAUCACAACCUGGGGUUGUGCAGCCUCCAACAAACACACAGCCUAAUCCUUUUGGGAGUGCAUUUCAAGUUGCUGGUUCAGGACUUAUUCGAGGUGGCUUGGGUGCAUAUGGCGGCAAAAUAUUAGGAUCCAGCUCGGAGUAUGUCCAGAGCAAUAUAAGCCGGUAUUUUUCUGAUCCUCAAUACUACUUUCAAGUGAAUGACCAUUACGUUAAAAACAAGUUGAAGGUGGUUUUGUUUCCAUUUCUGCACAGGGGUCAUUGGACUAGAAUCACUGAGCCAGUUGGUGGUAGGCUCUCCUAUAAACCACCGAUAUAUGACAUUAAUGCACCAGACCUUUACAUUCCAUUAAUGGCAUUUGGUACCUACGUCGUUCUUGCUGGCCUCUCAUUGGGUCUUCAUGGGAAGUUUAGUCCAGAAGCAUUGAACUUGUUAUUCAUCAAGGGAUUGCUUGGUUGGUUUAUGCAAGCUGCACUGCUUAAGGUGACAUUGCUUUCAUUGGGAAGCGGCGAAGCACCCUUGCUAGACAUCAUAGCAUAUGCUGGAUACACUUUCACCGGCAUUUGUUUGGCUGUCAUUGGAAGAAUAAUAUCUGGAUACUCCUACUACUUUUUAAUGCCAUGGACCUGUUUAUGUAUGGGAGUAUUCUUGGUAAAAACUAUGAAACGAGUCCUUUUUGCGGAGGUCAGAAGUUACGACUCGAGCAAACAUCACUAUCUCUUGCUCUUUAUCGCUCUGGUUCAGUUCCCAUUGUUCAUUUGGCUUGGCAACAUUACUAUCAAUUGGCUUUUGUAGAGUCAUAGCUUUUUACUCUGUAAUGAAGUAGUUUACAGUAAAAUUCUUGAUUGUUGAUGUUGGUCAGGUGUAACAUGGAAAUUUUUGUUUUACCAUUAUUUGUUUUGUUUGAAAGGUUGGAAUACACCUCAUUAGAAAUGCACAAGUACAAGCCUUUUCGCAUA